UUUGGAUGAUGUUCGCAUCAAGGAAAUUGGCCCUAACUUGGCAUGCGCCGAAUGGCUCAUGAAAAAUGGGGCCCAAGUCAGAUGGAAAGGUUGUAAAGAAUAUGUCCACCAUUAUGAUUGCCUGCCCAAUGCAACACCAGUACACCGUGAACAGUUUCAAAUACAGCAAGUUUAUGCAGGAAAAGAAGCAUCAAUCUCUCAUUUAGGGUUUAGUUAUUUUAAAAAUUGUAAACAUAUUUCUGAAGUGGAAUUUGAMGGAUGUAACUCAAUUAAUAAUAAAGCAUUAAUGAAACUUAAUAUAAUGAAAGAUUACUUGACAAGUUUGAAAAUUAUUAACUGUGUAAAUGUUUCUGACAAAGGAAUAAUGUCACUAGAACAUCUUCAAGCAUUAAAAUACUUGGAAUUGAAAAAUAUAACAUUUUUAAGUAAACCUGAAAAAACGAUCAGCCUUCUGAAGACAAAGUUACCAGAAUGCAACAUAGAAUACAAAUGA